CGGAAGUGCUCGAGGCGGAGAGGGGCGCGGGUUGGGACGGGAGCGGGAUGGUUCCGCUGCUGCGCUAGUUUUGCACCGGAGCUAAGAUGGCGGCGCAGACGCAGAGCGGGAUUCGCCUCAGCGCGCUUUGUCCAAAGUUCUUGCACACAAAUUCUACCAGUCACACUUGGCCGUUCAGUGCAGUUGCAGAACUUAUAGACAAUGCUUACGAUCCAGAUGUGAAUGCUAAACAGAUCUGGAUAGACAAAACAGUAAUAAAGGGCAACAUAUGUUUGACAUUUACUGAUAAUGGAAAUGGCAUGACUUCAGAGAAAUUGCACAAAAUGCUCAGCUUUGGCUUCAGUGACAAAGUUACAAUAAAUGGCCGCGUUCCAGUGGGACUGUAUGGAAAUGGAUUUAAAUCAGGAUCUAUGCGCCUGGGAAAAGAUGCGAUUGUUUUUACCAAAAAUGGAGAGACCAUGAGCGUUGGCCUGUUAUCUCAGACCUUCCUAGAAGCUACAAAGGCAGAACAUGUCAUUGUUCCUAUAGUAUCAUUUAACAUGCAACGGCAAAUAAUUAAUCCAGAAUACAAAGCCAGCCUUAAGGCCAUCCAGGCACAUUCUUUAUUCUCUACUGAGGAGAAAUUAUUGGCAGAGCUUGAUGCUAUCAUGGGGAAAAAAGGAACAAGAAUCAUCAUUUGGAACCUUAGAAGAGAUAAAGAUGGAGAAACAGAGCUCGAGUUUGAUAAGGAUAAAUAUGACAUCAGAAUUCCAGAAGAUUUAGAUGAAGCAACAGGGAAAAGAGGGUAUAAAAAACAAGAGAGACAGGACCAGAUUGUGCCCGAAAGUGACUAUUCGCUACGGGCUUACAGCAGUAUUUUGUAUUUGAAGCCAAGAAUGCAAAUCAUUAUCAGAGGACAAAAAGUGAAAACGCAGCUGAUUUCCAAAAGUCUUGCAUACAUUGAACGUGAUAUUUAUAGACCAAAAUUUUUGGCUGCUAAAACUGUAAGAAUCACCUUUGGAUUUAACUGCAGAAACAAAGACCAUUAUGGAAUAAUGAUGUAUCACAAAAACAGACUAAUCAAAGCUUAUGAAAGGGUUGGCUGUCAAUUAAAGGCAAACAACAUGGGUGUUGGUGUAGUUGGGGUUAUAGAAUGUAACUUCCUAAAACCAACUCAUAAUAAACAAGAUUUUGAUUAUACCAAUGAAUACAGACUUACAAUAGCAGCACUGGGAGAAAAACUUAAUGAUUACUGGAAUGAAAUGAAAGCAAAGAAAAAUGAAGAAUAUCCUCUAGAUUUGCCAGUAGAGGAUAUACAAAAACGACCUGAUCAGACAUGGGUUCAAUGUGAUUCAUGUCUGAAGUGGAGGAAGCUUCCAGAUGGGAUAGAUCGCUUGCCAGAGAAGUGGUACUGUUCGUUGAAUCCUGAUCCACAAUUCAGGAAUUGCAGUGUACCAGAAGAACCUGAAGAUGAUGACUUAAUACAUCCGACAUAUGAGAAAACGUGUAAGAAAAAAGACAGGGAAAAACUAAGGAGGCGACUGGAGUACAGCCAACAGGCUAAUAAUGAACUGUAUUUUAAAACACCUUCUGUCUCUUCAAUCAAAAAUGCAUUGUCAUCUAUGAGUAGAAAGGAGGGUGCUCUAAGAUCACACUUAACAGAAGCCUUAAACACUUCUGUUACAAGAUCUAUAAACACUUCAAACAAUAGAUUAGUAUCUUCACCUCAUUUGGAUCCUGAAAACAGCCUUAAACGGAAGAUUUCUGGUUGUUCACCUGUUACUUUAAAGACACCACGAUUAAAUAACCACACAUUUGACAAUCACACUGAAGAUGACGAUGAUGAGGACGUCAUCAUCUUAGAGGAGAGCAGUACUCCAAAGCCUGCAGCAGACUAUGAUGUUACAAUAAUAAAAACUGAGCAUAUUAACAUGGAACAAGGCAGCAUGCAAGAGGAGCCUUGUGGUGCAGCUAGUUCAGAAGAUAAAUAUGAGCAGUGGACUGCAUCAACCCAAACUGAGAUCCCAAGUUUAGUUGUUAAAAAGGAAGAAGUAGAAGAUAAUAUAGAUAUGCAGUUAACCAGAUCAACUUUGGAAACAAGCCAAGAAGAAAUCAUCAAUGCUUCUGAGACGUCUUCUGUGGAUUUUUGCAUCAAAUUAAACGAACUAAGAAAUCAGCUGCAAGUAGCAAACCAAGAAAAAGAAAAUUACCGAAAACAGUGUGAAAUGUUAACCAACCAGAUGAAAAUACUAGAGCAGAAGAUACUAGAAAUGAAUGAUAACUAUGUGAAAAAGGAAAUGUGUCAUCAGUCAACUGAGACUAUUAUAUUCCCAGAUGACAAACUAGAAAAUUUUAAAGAGAAAAGUCCAGAAGAAGUGGCUAUUUUAUAUGAGCAGGCCUUAAAAGAAAUGGAAAAGCUAAAGGAACAGUGUAGUACUUUGCUAAACUUAAAAACAGAAUGCAGCAAAUGUUCUAACAAUGAAAAUAAAAAUGACGUGGAUGAAAUUGCUGUGCAGCUUGAUGAUGUCUUCAGACAACUGGACAAAUGCAAUACUGAGAGAGAUCAAUAUAAAAGUGAGUCAAGAAAGCUGAAUUGCUUUGACCAGUCUAUACUCAACCAUCAGGGUUUGCAGUGUGAAAUCAAUGGAACUUAUGCUCCUAAAUAAGUUAAGUGCUUUUGAAAAUCCAACUGUUAGGUGUCUAAAUUAGCUUUAAGUGCCUAACUUUAGGCUUCUGUUUUUGAAAAUUUUGGCGCAUGAAAAGUAUGUUCACUAAUGUAUUGAAAGUCUUAACUUCUGAUUGUUAAUAUUGAAGCAAUUUGUUUUGAAUGGAAAGAUUUUAUGGCACUAAGACUUUUUAAUAACUACAAUUUUAACCUCUGAUACGACAAAAACUUGUGUACACUCAUGUUGGUUUCAAGCAGAUGAGCAGUUACAUUGAAGAAAAUCUGAUGAUAUUAAUGUGAGCAGAAUUGCAUACCUGCUUAAGUGUUUGCAGGAUCAUGGUUUUAAUUUUCAAUAUUUUGUUUUCCUGCAGCAAUUUUGUAAAAUACAGCUGAUACCCAACCAGUAGUGAUGUUUUUAGAAAGCAUAACUUAAUUUUAAUUCAUUGCCGUAAAACACAUUUUCAGAUUAGUUUUUUAAAGCAUCAGUAAACUUUUAAAAAUCAAGUGAUUUGAUCAUUAGUUAAGCCAAUGAUUUAAAUCACCUUAUUUUUAAAUUACUCUACCUUGACUUCAGACAUAUAAAAUUAACUUACUU